AUGAAGAAGUCAUUUUCAUCGAGGCGAAUGCCUCGCAAGAUUGGGGGCGACCCUCCAAGCCGUUCCGAACCAGGACAUCAAGAUGAUUCGGAACCAGCUGUUGUCCGACCGUCCGCACCCAAGCCGAAGCCCAAAGCCACCUCACGACUCUCCUUUGCACCGAGCAGGUCCACCGAUGAUGAUGAUGAUGAUACCAAAGCCGCCGUGAACGCUAUUCCAAGCCGGCGCAAAAUUGGCACGUCAAGAUUGGAAGAACUACGCUCUGCCGAUACUACCGAGCGGGACGCCAGCCCGAGUUACAGCAAGGACUACCUACAAGAGCUGAAAAAGUCCACACCUUCGAAACCGAAGGAGUUCAAAUCCGAGACCGGCGACACCAUCAUUGAGUCCACAAGGCCUCUUGACAUUGCCGCGAAGUUUGGUCAAGGGUACGAUACCCGUCCCAUCGGUUCAUCCGCAAUCCCAACGGAAGCAGAAAUCCGAGAGAAGAAAGAGCGACGGGCCCGAUUAGCGAGGGAAGCAGUCGCUGGGCAUACAAGUGAUGCGUCUGGCUCUGAGGGCAAUGGUUUCAUUUCCCUUCAACCGAAACCAAAGUAUGCUGAGACUCGACUCGUACCGGACGACGAGGACAUGGCAGAGGGGUUUGAGGAGUUCGUCGAGGACGGAAAGAUAGCAUUAGGAUCUAAAGAUGAACGGCUACAGGAAUCGAAACGGCGCGCCGAAAUUGCAGCAAGGAUCGCUGACGCAGAAGGUGACUCGGAUGAAGGGUCGGAAGACGAAUUUGAAGCUGCACGUCACGCAGCGUACGAAGAUGCACAAUCCCGGGCAGGGGCCUUUGGAACGAAACACGGGACUUCUAGGUAUCCAAAGCGACCAACCACUCCUCCACGGAUCACUUCGAUUCCUCGGCUCGACGAGGUCCACGUCCGUAUGCAAGCGUCGAUCCAAGACUUACAGGAUGCCAACAACGUACGCAUGAUCCGGUUACACGGCCUGCAGCAGGAGAGGAAAGAGAUUGAGGAGAAUGAGGCUUGGAUACAGACGAAGCUCAAGGAAACAGGCGAGGCUUAUGAGAAGCUCAGGCUCGAGGCGGAGGAAGCCACGGCCACGAGAGACGGGGGGAAUGCGGUGCCGGCCCGCUCGGAAUACGAUCCAUUGAUGCCCAGGGAUUCUCCUCAUGAGGAUCUCAAUGGGACAGACUUGGGUGGAACGAAUGGGUGA